AUGUCCGCGGAGACAGACACCAGCCUGGUCCCUGAAAGUGAAGUGUCCCAGGACAGCAUCUGCGAAACCUUGGCAGCAUGGGCCGAUACCACAAAGCCCUGUUGGCAGCACAUCCUCGAGAUUGAAAUGGAGACCGACAGCAACCUGAAAAGCGAUGUCUACCUCAUACCAAUGGCCGAGAUCCCUGCAACAAGUGGCACUGAGAUGACAGAGGGUGUGCUCGGCGAAGCCGAAGGCAAGGAGUUGACCGUGGAGGCACUUUCUGGCGAGGUGACACAUCUGACAGUGCUGGCGCCUCACACGGUGGCGCAUGUGAAGCAGAUGCUGGAAGCAUGCCUGGGCAUCCCGGCAGUCUUGCAAAAGAUCAUCCUAGAUUCAGUGGAGCUGCCAGAUGAGGCGGUGGUGGCAGGAGGUUCAGUGACGCUCCUGAAGAGCGAUCCGCCGAUCAUCACCUCGGAAGACUUCCUGCGCAGCAUGGCGGAGGUGCACGGCUGGGAGCGGAAGGACGUCUUCAGACGAUGGCAUAGCUUCGACACGUACCGACAGUUCCCGGCAACCAAAAUGCAGACGUUGCAGUGGGCGAUGGGCCACAAGGGGAUGAGGAACGUACCCUUAACGGCGGAAAAUGUGUUGGGAUGCUUCGAUGUCUGGCUUGGCCUCAAUCACAAGGAAGGCACGCAUCCCGACAGCUUCAGAGCGCACGUGAACGAGGUGGUCGCGUUCUUGCAGCACUGUUGCUACAGCCCGUCCCUGCUGGUGGCCUAUGACGAGCCUUAUUUGCACGACGACGAUGCGGAGUUCGUCUUCUUCUUUGCCGGCAGACUACGCAGUGACCUGCAAACCUUUGUGGUACACAGCUUCCUCUUGAACUGCUGGAUGUAG